AUGUCUAAAAAAAUCGAUUUUGGAGGCAGAUUCGAUACGGAACGCAAAAAGAAUGAAAUUAUGAAAACUUUUACAUCUGAACUUUGUGACGAAUUUUACUUCGUUGAACAAAUUUACGCAGAAAACUUGGGAAUUCAGGAUUUCGAAAAAGGCGCAUUUCGUAAUUGUGAAAAUUUGCAAGAAUUGAGACUUGCAAAAAAUCAUCUUGAAUCUUUGACGGACCUGAAUCUUUUCAGAUUUCGAGAAUCUCGAGCAAAAUGCGAUGUCACGAUGAAAAAGUCAAAAUUGAGAAUUCUCGAUCUCUCGGGUAAUAAAUUGUCAUUUAUUGAUCCUGCAGUUUUUGAGCCAUUAACUUCAUUGGAAGAGUUGAAUUUGAGUCAAAAUGAGUUGGAAACACUUCCCGAGUUCAAAUCCAUGCCUGAAAUGAAAAAGUUGUUAAUUGGCGGAAAUCAAUUUACGGACUUGGAUUUACCGAAACUUCAUGAAAAAUUUGUUGAUUUGGAAUAUUUGGAAAUUUGUCCAAAUACGAGAAUCGAAAACUCUCGUAUACUUCAAUUGUUGAAUUAUCUUCGAAGACCCUUGAGAAUCGACACGAACGAGAAGGAGUGCUCCAAAUAA